AGAGAGAGAGAGAGAGAGCAAGUGUGUGUGUGUGUGUGUGUGUGUGUGGUGAGAGAGGACGCAGCGGCUGCAGAUGUUGUGAGCGCUGGAAGGGGAAGCAGUAGAGCGACGGCAGACUCCGGGAGGAAGGAACGUGGAUCUGGUCUGAGACUCAAACCCUGCGCUCCGUCUGUGCAACAGGGUCAACAUGCUGAACUAGCUGCAGAACACCUCAGCGAACUUCAACCUAACAAGGAGAACAAAGACCCAACACGAUGAGCACCACCGGCUGGCCUCCGAACCGCUUCAGCGACCACACCGCCACCUCGCUAACACACAACCGCUCGUGUGCGCUGGACGACGACAGCUUACGGCUGCCGCUCGCGGUGCUAUACUCGCUCAUCUUCCUCUUCGGCCUGGCGGGAAACCUGCUGGCUUUGUGGGUCUUCCUCUUCCUGCACUCGCGCCGGAACUCCGUGCGCGUCUUCCUCAUCAACGUAGCGCUAGCGGAUCUGGUGCUGCUAUUGUGUCUUCCCUUCCGCGUGCUGUAUCACUCUCAAGGGAACGUGUGGUCGCUGGGCCCGCGCAUGUGCAAGGCGGUGGGAAACCUGUUCUACAUGAACAUGUACGUUAGCAUCGCCCUGCUAGGUCUCAUUAGCCUGGACCGCUACCUGAAGAUCAUCGGCGUGAGAGGCGCUCAGAGAGGCUGCGGGCCGCGCUGGCUACGAGGGAGCCGCUGGAGUCAUGUGACCUGCGUUCUGCUGUGGACCUGCUCGUUAGUGAUGGUCAUCCCCAUGAUCGCACUGGCCGAGGGCAACGAGGAGCCUGGGAAGUGUUUCCAGUACAAGCAAAGGAAACGCGCGCGUGGGAAAGCCUACUUUAACCUGUCCUUAGUGGGCAUGUUCUGGCUAGUGUUCGUGGUUCUGCUAGUGUCGUAUGGACGGAUCGCACAACGACUGCUACGAGCGGCGCGCGACAAACCAGACCUACCAAACGCCACGCGCUACGACCGCACCGCUAAGAAGUCAUUCGUGGUUCCGCUACUCUUCACCGUGUGCUUCGUGCCGUAUCACGCCUUCAGACCCGUCUACGUAUCGUCCCAGCUUAGCGAUGCUAGCUGCGAAACGCAGAGGCUAAUGGACCGGACCAACGAGGUCAUGCUUCUGUUCUCCGCGCUCAACAGCUGCCUGGACCCCGUCAUGUACUUCAUGCUCUCGGGUUCGGUGCGCAAAGCCACGCUACAGGCGUUAGCACAGCUAUUCCACGUGCAACACGAAUCCGCUACCACCACCAACAGCUCCACCACUGAGUUCAGGAGGCCGUCUCUCUCCACCAACGCAGUGCUAGCUUCGUCCAGCGGGAGUCUGGGAUUGAUCACGCCGCUCCGCUCCAAACCUGCGCUCAAAACCGCCGGCAACGGAGAUCAGUGUCGCAAUCACACCGAUCAGCAGCAUCUCAGUGCAGAUCAGAACGCUGCAUGGGAGAGGCUCAUGGGAAACAAGGACUAGCUUGAAAUGUUAGCAUGGGAAAGUUCACUUCGAUGAGCAUGUGUGGGAUACACAUCUGCAAGAGAUCACUAAACGUCUGGCGUUAGUGUUCAGACUGGAGACAGUCAGAGCUGUCAAAACCUCAACGACAUUACUUCCAGCAACCGCAGUGAUGCACGAGAGAACAACGCCUCCCGCUGGAGGUCAUGCGGUACUGCACUGACGAACAGAGCCGUGAGUCUGUGAACUGAAGAACUCGCCUUCAUUUAUAACAGCACAGAUGUAUCACAGCAGCUUUACAGUGACAGUAACACAGUGUGUUUAAGCUUUACAGCAGCUCUAGAAUAGAGUUAUUGUCCAGAUAAAGUUAGUUUUGAUUCACUUCCGUUGUGAAGAUCAUUAGUGAUUAACUUGAUUAACACGACAGCGACACAAAACUUUUAAACUUUAUAAGCGUCACCAUAGCCAUUACAUAUUUAAAACAACUAAUACUAAACUAAUACUGACAAACUAUAUAUCAUUUGAAAGCAUAAAAAAAGUUUCAUAUUUGGUGACUGAUUUUCAAGAUAAAUUACAGAGGAGCCGCAAUCUAUCUAUUUGCAACAAGAAUAUUUUCACACUCCUAAGGCGUGUUCAGACCUUUAUUUUGAAAUAGUGAUGAACAUGAAAAAUCCUGAAAGAAGGGUAGAAACCUCAGUGUUUUCAUGCCAAGAGUUAAAAAGAUAACAUCCAUUCAAUUAUAUUAGAAAAAAGGUCUGAAUUUUUUUUAAAUGUAAAGAGAAAAAUUAUAGAUUCGCCAUUUGUGAUGUGGCAAGUUAUAAUGUGUGUGUGUGUGUGUGUUUAUGUUUAUCAAGCUAUAAAAUGUGUUUCUUAAAGAUUUAAUUCAUAUCAAAAUCUGCCAAACUUCUCAUAUUACUUCUGAAUAGGAUGUCUAUUUCAUAAAUUGGAUGAAAAUUGUGGAAAUAAGUGUUCAUAUCAAUUAGACCACAUAUGGAAAUGGAGGCGCCGUUAUAUGGGCAGUAAUGGAGUCUGGCUGUCCUCUAGUGGAAGUGUUCGGUACUACGCCUGAACACACUCGUGCCGAAAGCUCAUUUUUGGAGAUGCAUCAACCUAACAUUUGAAACACAACUUGUUAGCGGCUCAGACACUUCCUAUCAUUUACGAGCUGUUGGACAUCUCACACACACACACACAAACACGACUGACUUCUGUGUUCCCGAACAGCAUGAACUGAUAUCAUGCACACCUUGAGUUCAAUUGAUGUAAAAUGCAUAAAUGUAAACACAAAAAAAUAAAUAAAUAAGACGAGAAUAAAAAUAUUAAACCUUA